CGUGCAGAGCGGAAACUGAAGCUGUGUCUCACAACCGCGUGCGCUGUCACACCGCGUUAUCCGAGUCACUCAGUACCGGACCUGUGUCUCUCACUAUCGGAGUCGGUAGUGUGUCCGUUGUAGUUGUUCCUUCGGUUAACGGUUCGGCGGUGCUCAUGGCGGACGGCGCUCCGAGCGGCAGUGGCAGUGAUGGCGAGGAGAAAGGCGCGCGCCUCCGGGGGUUCGCGCGUCAGGGCGCGCUCCGCCAGAAGAACGUGCACGAGGUGAAGGACCACAAAUUCAUCCCGCGUUUCUUCAAGCAGCCCACCUUCUGCAGCCACUGUACCGACUUCAUCUGGGGUUUCGGGAAACAAGGAUUUCAGUGUCAAGUUUGCUGUUUUGUGGUGCACAAGCGCUGUCAUGAGUUUGUCACCUUCUCCUGUCCUGGAGCAGAUAAAGGCCCGGCGUCAGAUGACCCACGCAGUAAACACAAGUUUAAGGUGCAUACGUACUCCAGUCCGACGUUCUGCGAUCACUGCGGAUCCCUGCUGUAUGGGCUCAUUCACCAGGGCAUGAGAUGUGAACAUUGUAUGAUGAAUAUACAUAAGCGAUGUGUCGCCAACGUGCCGAGUCUGUGUGGAACUGAUCACACUGAGCGCAGAGGACGCAUCCAGAUCACCGCCAACAUCAAGAAUAAUGUACUCACCGUAUCCAUUACGGAAGCGAGAAACUUGGUUCCGAUGGAUCCGAACGGCCUUUCUGACCCAUACGUGAAGCUCAAACUCAUUCCUGAUCCGAAAAGCGAGAGCAAACAGAAGACCAAGACUAUAAAGUGCUGCCUGAAUCCGACGUGGAAUGAGACCUUUACAUUUAAUUUGAAGGAAUCCGAUAAGGACCGCAGGUUAUCAGUGGAGAUCUGGGAUUGGGAUUUGACCAGUAGGAAUGACUUCAUGGGUUCGCUCUCAUUCGGCAUCUCAGAACUGCAGAAACAAAGCGUGGAUGGCUGGUUUAAGUUGCUGAGUCAGGAGGAGGGUGAAUAUUUUAACGUGCCGGUCCCACCCGAGGGAGAAGAAGGAAAUGAGGAGCUGAGACAGAAACUUGAGAGAGCUAAAAUAGCUUCCGUGGCUAAGAAGACAGACUCAUCUGUAUCCAAGAUGGACAAUAAUGGAAACAGAGACCGGAUGAAGCUUUCUGACUUCAACUUCCUUAUGGUGCUUGGAAAAGGGAGCUUUGGGAAGGUAAUGUUGGCUGAGACAAAGGGAACAGAUGAAUUAUUUGCUGUAAAGAUUCUGAAGAAGGACGUGGUGAUUCAGGAUGAUGAUGUGGAAUGUACCAUGGUGGAGAAGAGAGUGUUAGCACUUGCAGGAAAACCUCCUUUCCUUACACAGCUGCAUUCCUGCUUCCAGACCAUGGACCGGCUGUACUUUGUAAUGGAAUACAUUAACGGAGGUGACCUGAUGUACCAGAUUCAGCAGGUUGGAAAGUUCAAGGAGCCGCAUGCCGUGUUCUAUUCUGCAGAGAUUGCCAUAGGCCUGUUCUUCUUGCACUCUAAAGGCAUAAUUUACAGGGAUCUGAAGUUAGAUAAUGUAAUGCUGGAUGCUGAAGGUCACAUUAAGAUCGCAGAUUUUGGAAUGUGUAAGGAGAACAUGUUAGAGGGCAUCACCACCAAAACUUUCUGCGGUACUCCGGACUACAUCGCUCCUGAGAUCAUCGCGUAUCAGCCGUAUGGGAAGUCAGUAGACUGGUGGGCCUUCGGGGUGCUGCUGUAUGAAAUGCUAGCUGGACAGCCGCCGUUUGACGGAGAAGAUGAGGAUGAGCUGUUCCAAUCCAUCAUGGAGCAUCAUGUGUCAUAUCCGAAAUCAAUGUCUAAGGAGGCAGUGGCCAUCUGUAAAGGAUUGAUGACGAAGCACCCUGGAAAACGUCUAGGGUGUGGCCCAGAGGGAGAGAGAGACAUCCGAGAGCAUAGUUUCUUCCGUUACAUGGAUUGGGAGAAGCUUGAGAGCAAAGAGGUUCAACCACCAUUUAAACCCAAAGCUUGUGGCCGAGAGGCGGAGAAUUUCGAUCGCUUUUUCACACGUCACCCUCCGGUGCUCACUCCGCCCGACCAGGAAGUCAUCAUGAACCUCGACCAGGACGAGUUCGAGGGUUUCUCCUUCAUAAACUCUGAGUUUCCUAGCGCAGGAGCUCAAAGCUAAUUAAUAUUAGCUGUUUAAUGAACUCUACCCUCCCCAUGCCCCCAACAUCCUGUCAUACAAGCCAAUCAUUUCUUGCUUCUGCUGGUGCACGUCCUGCUCCCUCCCUACCGGCCACUUGGCUGAAGUGCUUAUGAACAUAGAUAAUGACUAUUAGAUAAUCAGAUGCAUGCAAAACAUGCUCCCUGCAGACUACUUGGCUGUAACUUAUAUAUAUAUACAUAUAUACUUAGAUGCAUGUAGAACUUCGCUGUGAUAGCUAGGUAAUUUAACAAUUCAGAUUUUAUUUACUAAAAUACAUGUGGGCAGCAGAUAGAACAUCAGUACAGGAGAUUUCCACUUCCUCUAGGAAUGCUCCAGUUUUUCCUAGUUAUACACUUCCACCAGGAUUUCUCCACCUCCUCCAAGAUGCAUGAGUGACUUCCUGCAGCCACACAGCAGUGUGUGCUUCCAUCCAUCUGUUUAUAAUGCCGGGGAAUUAGCCAGUAAGGAAACUCGAACAUGGAAAGGAGAAAGUAAAGAAGAGGAGAAGAAAAGGAAGAAACAGUACAAAAAUGAUAAACAGGAAGUUUAAAACAGAAGGACUGAGCAAAAAUAGGAAGCAAAAAGUUAAGCCACAAGAGAGGUAGAAAUGUAGGUAGGAUGCGAAAAGAUAA